AUAUUACAUCCUUGUUGUUUCGUUGGGUAUAAAUAGUGUAAAUGCUCUCUGUUGCAGCAUAAGGCAAGGCGAUUUGGAAAGACUUCAUUAUAUGUGUUUUACAAAGCAUCACAAGUACUAGACUAAGGCGGACGUAUAUGCUAACCACAGUGUUUACUUGACCAUGAAUUCCUGGUUGGGAAAGCUGUUGACGUCAAUAUUCAUUCUACCGUUCGCAGCUGGAAAUUACCGAAGACGACAGAAUGGAUCCUGGUAUUAUGAUUGUACCAUUUCGUCCCGUGUUCUGUUCCUGCUCGUUCUUUCAAUAGUGAUAGUAUUCUCCGCCACCAAAUGGAUACCAACACAUAUGAAUCUUCGAUUGGGAUUUGUCACAAUUCUUCUGUCAUUACUUAUGGUCUCUGGGGUGAUUGGGAGCUAUAUUAUGGGAUGCCUUGUUCGGAAACAAGGCAUCCAAUCCGUUGUUGCUGCAAGACGAAACUCCAAUACACCAAAACUGGAAGUGAUAUUCCUGUGGGUUUUCGGUCUGGCAUCGGGAUUGUAUUGUGCUUUAUUUGUUGGCAAGCAGAUCGAGUGUUCUUCUGGAGGAUUCUAUUGGAAUGCAUUACUUUGGUUCAAUAUCUUAUUGAUCUUUUGCCUAUUUUCACAACUGAUUUUCAUCACUUACUUUUCAUCAUUCAAACUGAAACAGACUAUUUUGGUGAAUUACGUUAUGCUAUUGCUGUUAACCGCUAAUAUAUCUGUGAUUUUGUACAUCUAUCUGAUGGGCGAUACAAUUUCGUAUUUAAUAAACAUUGACUAUGAAGCGAGUUUAAGUUCCUGCUUAAAAGACAAUACUACAAUGACUUUUCUAAGGGUUAAAUUACGGAAAUUUUUAGAUCCAACAUUUGUGGAGCAUGGUCUUCUUUCAGCUGCCAUAAUUCUUGAGAUAUGGUCACCCACGGAAAUUCAUUAUUCUGAUAUAGGAUCAUCGUACACGGAGAGAGGGACUACGGAGUUGAUAUCUCUGCCUUACGAUCUCACAUCAGUUGAGCAUCCGAUUUCCGGAAAUCAAGGCAAAAUGAAGGUGUGCCAUUUGAUAACACUGGCUGUGAGUUUAACAACAAGUAUCGGUCUUGUUGUGUGUUACGUCGCGAUGGCGUUGGACACAGAAAAAAUAGAAAGUAUUAGCUUCAUUGCUGUAACAUAUGAAUUUUCGUUAAAACUUGUAAUGAUGAUAGUGAUACUUGCUGGAUUCUUUUGUUUGGUAAAUUACUGUACUCCUGACAGUUCAGCGAAAGGUUUGAAAUCUCGGGAGUAUGUGUAUUUGCUAUCGGCGUUUGGUAUGAUCAUGAUGCAUAUGUUUGAAGGGAUAGUAGGUGAUGUGUCUUCCGAUCAUUCAGCAAAUAUAUAUAUGGCUACAAGCAUCCUUAGCGUUUUCCAAGACUAUCUCCAGGUCGUAUUUUUGAUGUAUGCAAACCGUUGUAAAAAAUCUGACCCUCAUUCAAAUGUCGCUUUUCUUGAAUCAAUUCUGAUAUUUAUCAUGAUAAGCAACUUUAUCCUCUGGUUUAACGAUAGUUUUCUCCUUUAUGAAUUUUCCAGUACACGGAUACUUACAAAUGCCAUACUAACAAAGGAAAUAUUUCCUUUGAUGUAUCAAGUUUUACUUCCCGUGUCAAUGUACUUUCGAUUCACUUCUUUUAUGGAAUACUACGCAACAUUUGGUAGAUAUACAUCAUAAACAAAUAGUUUUAGAGAGCUUACGUGAAAAGAAAUUAUGAAAUUGAAAUGUAAGAUUAUGGCUUGAUGAUAUGUAAUAAAUAUGUUCUUGAUUUUAAGUCCAAAUGGUUUUCAGGUAUGUACCAUUUUUAAAAUGGGCUUUACUAUAUGGUAACUAAUACAUGAAGAUGUUUGAUGGACAAAAGGGAAGUGUGAUGUUUUUCCUUUGUUCAAUUUUGUUUUAGUGUUUUCCCCCGAUGCCGUAAGGAAAUUAUAUGUUUCAAUGUACUUGCAUUUGUUGGCUUAGAAUAAAAACAAACAACAUAUUACCGUAAAUAUUACACAACUUUUUAGAGUCAGACAUAGAGGUGUAUGCAUUAAACUAAGGCGGUGCCUUUUUAGUACUGUCAGCUAAAACUGUAAACAGUUGGUUGUACAGGGUUUAACGUCCUAUCAACAUAUAGGGUCACUUAAGAACGUACUGUGAACAAAAUCAUACAGUCUAUAAUAUAUGUGGUAAAACAUGAAAAUCCUUUUUUUUAAAAUCAUUUCCUUGUAUUCGUUUAAACUGUAUUGAUAUCGUAGUGUUUUAUUUAUGAAUACGUUCGUUUUGUGCAAAAUUGCCAUGAAGAGAAUGAAGGCGUAUUCAUUGGUUGAUAUACUGCAUUGCUCCAUGCACGUGACCUUCGACCAGACAAGGCAUGUGUGCACGAUGCAUAGUGACUUAACACGCAAGAUGUAGAUGCAUUGUGGCCUCAGUAUUCAUAAAAACAACUUUUUUUGCGUUAUGCCGUUCUGAUUCAAUCUUCUUGAAACAUGCUAUUAUCUUGAUUUUUAACCUAUGCUUGAAAAAAUAAUGACAUUUCACGUCAUUAUCGAAAUUGAUCUUUAAUUUAUUCUCAUUGAAAGGACUGGAAAAAUCUUAGUCAGAUCUUUUAACAUAGGACCAUUUGCCUGAUGAACACUAGCGUUUAGCAUUUCAGUAGUUUAUUGUUUGUCAGUUAAUUUCAUUGGCAAGCAGUCUUUGUUUUGAGGUACGGAAUAUUUAUUUAGCUGAUAUUUUCAAAAGCGGAAAACAAAAAUCAUUAAGUACGUCAUAUAGCGAGGAGCUUGAGUGGUGAUGAGCGUUGUAAGGGUAAAACAGAAGAAGGCAUGAUAAAGAAAAUCAACAACAAAUUGUAUUGAAUAAUAUGCAAAUAAAUGAUGAUAGCAUGACGUCAAGUAAAUUAUGCGUCAAUAAUGUAUGAAAGAGACAGAGGACACUAUUUGUUCAGGAGAAUUGAACUCAUGAACCCUUACCCUGGCUAUUCUCCAUUUAUCAACAUGCUUGUGAAAUAAAAUAAAAAGUUGUAAGGAACGUAUAAUUUAAAAUAAAAAGAAAAGAAAAUCGA